AGGGCUUUGUUUUGUUUUGUAAAUAUUCGAGUGAUCAGACAUAAAAAUCAUGGAUUCAUCUACUCCUAUCAAGCGAAUAAGGUUUAGAACUGAUUCUUUACAAGACAGCGAACCAUCAUUUGAUAAUGACUUUUACGAUGAGCCAUUUAGUACAAAGAAUACUGAGAUUCCUAAGGAAAGAGAACGCAGUAAAUUUGGACUGAUGGACUUUUUACGAGUAGAAUUAAAUAGAGGAUAUUGUCUGGAUCAUGACGAAGAGCGAUAUAGAGCAAGACGAGAGAAAAUUUAUUCAUUUAUGAAGAUUCCAAGGGAACUAGAAAAGUUUCUUGCGUACGGAAUGAUGCAGUGCUUUGAUUCAUUUUUAUACAUUUUCACAUUCUUACCGAUAAGAUACAUACGAGCAUUUUGGGCAUUACUUACUAGACCAAUAAUUAGGUGUUUAAAAAGAAGGAGAGAUUCACAGAGAAUUUUGUCAGCGGCUGAAACUUGUGAUUUACUUAAAGGAACUAUGUGGAUCAUUGUCUGUUUUGCAUUAUUAUAUGCUGAUACAAAUAUGCUAUAUCAUCUAAUUAAGAGUCAGUCAAUCAUUAAGCUUUAUAUGUUUUAUAAUAUGCUGGAUAUUGGUGAUCGAUUGCUAUCAGCUUUUGGCCAAGAUAUUAUGGAUGCCUUAUAUUGGACUGCAACGGAACCAGGAACCACAAGCAAACGACAUUUGAGUGUCUUUGCACAUUUUGUAUUCGCCGUGAUUUAUAUGUUACUGCAUAGUAUUUUAGUCAUGUUCCAAGCAACAGCUUUAAAUGUUGCUGUAAAUUCAAGUAACAAAGGACUGCUGACAAUUAUGAUGUCCAAUAAUUUUGUAGAGCUUAAAGGAAGUGUUUUUAAGAAGUUUGACAAAAAUAACUUGUUUCAAUUGACUUGUGCGGAUGUCCGUGAAAGAUUUCAUUUAGCUAUAAUGCUAAUUAUAGUCAUGAUACAAACUAUGCGUGAAUACAAUUGGAAGUCUGAACAAUUCUUCAUCAUGCUCCCUGACUGCUUUUGGGUACUAGCUACAGAAUUUGUUGUGGAUUGGAUUAAGCAUGCAUUUAUUACCAGAUUUAAUGAAAUUCCAAUAGAAGUUUAUAGAGAAUAUACAAUCAGCAUAGCAUAUGACGUGACACAGACAAGACAAAAGCAUGCAUUUUCUGACCAUUCAGAUUUACUUGCUCGUCGCAUUGGCUUAAUUCCAUUUCCAUUGGGGGUAGUUUUAGUUAAAGCUCUUUACCAUUCAUUGUCAUUCAAGAAUAUUGGCGCAUUUGUCAUAUUCCUAGUCGCAUACUCGUGCCUAUUCUCAUGUCGUGUUUUAAAUACAAUUUGUACUCUUGGGAAGGCUUGUGAUAUCAUGCAGAAACACCAAGAAGAAAAAAUUGCAGAGAAAUUAGCAACAACAACAAUUAAUCAGCCACAGCAGCAGCAACAAAUGCCACAACCACCGUCAAUAAUGAAAUCAAAAGUAAUGUCACCGAAUAGUGAGGGUAAAGUGGAUAUUUCAACAUCACCACUUCAUAGAAAGUCAGUACCGACACUUACACAAUCUCCAGAUGUAUCCUCAUCAUCUCCAAGUCCAACUCGAGUACCUUCCAAAUCCAGUCAAGUAUUCUCAUUAUCAUCGAACGAAAAUAAUCUCAAAAUAAAUUCACAGCUUGGUGCAACAGUCAUUUUCUCUAAUAGUGACGUGGAUUUAGAUGAUAUUGGGAUUUUAAACUCAAAAGCCAUUGAGCAGAGUGUCGAAGAAAAAAUUCACUUGAUGGAUGAUUCGUUAAGGCAUCACGGCUCGGAACCUGAUUUAGCAAAUCUUCCAAAUGAGUCGACAGAUGAAGAAGAAACGCCGCCAGUUAUGUUACGUCGACGAUCACAUAAACGAUCCGAAAGUGAACCAUUCAUUCAAUUAGAUACAACAGGUGAUCGACUAUAGCAAACAAAGACUAUGUGGCAGAGACUUAUGACUGCUUUAAACCAAAAAUUUAAUAAGCCGAAUGUUUAAUAAUUAUGUCUGCAAUUAUGAUGAUGUACUAGUUAAAAACUUUGUUACUUUAUAUGUUUUAUUUGUGUUCGUACCUUGCCUAGUUUAUACGAUAAUAAAAGGUUAUAAACUUUUAUGCCAGUGAUUCUCGAUAUAUAAUAUCAAUGAUUUUUCAUUAUGCUAAUAAAUCUUUCCGAUUGACUUUGGUUAUUAAGGAAAUAUCACUGUGAUCAGCUCUUGUAUAAUUUUCUUCGUCUGUCUAUCUUUUGUUUUUAACAUUA